AUGCCUGUGGCGUCUUUGCAACAACAAGAGGCGGGAUGGCAGACUCUUGCUCCCGGGCUCAUCUUGCCUCCCGAUAUAGCUGGUGCUGCUAUACCUUGGUCGCAAGAGUCAUAUGCCAAUGGGCAGGGGACUGACAACUCUCUCAACGCGAUGCAUCCGAUGGCAGCAAUGAACGUACCUGGAUCGAUUUACCAACGACCCCCCGCUUUCAACCCCAGUCUCAAUGCUCGGGGACAGAUGUGGAGUCAGAUUCCCGCAACGGCGAUAGAACAACAAUUACCGUUCGACCAAACAGCUUUCCUCGCUACACCGGUGGAUGAGCAGGCACAGGUCAACCAACCAACUGUCCCACAACGCGCUAAGGCCCAACUCUUGUGUGACCGACCAGGAUGCAACAAGACCUUUGGUCGCUCUAGCGAUCUUACUCGUCACAUCACGACGAAGCAUGACUUCCGCGGGGCUUACAAGUGUUCGUUUCCUGGGUGCCUGAAGAGAUUCGACAGGGCUGAUAACCGGCAGUCACACGUGAAAAAUGUUCAUAAAUCGGAUGUUCCAGCCAGGAGCUGA